UAUAUGAAAAUUUAAAUUUUUAAAGUAAUUAAAAUUGUUUACUAUCAAAAUCAAGUAAAAAUGUUUUUAAAAAUUAUAAUUGAAACGUGUAUUAUAUGUAAUUUAAUAUUUUAUAUUGAGUGUAUGAAUAAUAAUGAUUUUCCAGGGGAUAUCAAGAAAUUGACAGUUCCAUUCCAAAAAAUAUUAAAAUGUAUGUAUGUUAUACGCUCAGGGAAAUAUGAUUAUAAUAAAAAAACUUGUAUACUUACGGUAUAUGAAAGAAGAGGCGAUAAGAAUAUAGUUGAAUUUUUGAACGAAAAGUACGAUAAAUGUCAGGAUUGUAAUAUAAAUAAAGAUCCUGUUGAAGCAUAUAAAACGCUGAGAGAAGAAUUGGCAGAUUAUAUGUGCAACAGAAUGCCUCAUUAUAUGAUAAAAAGUUGUAAAGGAAUAGCAAAGAGUUGUAGUUUAAAAUUUGCCAAAAAUGCCAGACCUGAUUUAAAAGUGCAUUGGUGGUAGUAAAAAUGGAGGAAUGAAUUCAGAGAAGUGCAAGAAUUUCAAUAUCAUUAUCAAAUAUUUAAUUUCUAAUUAGUUAAAAAUUAAAAAAAAUAUAUCUCUAAAAGUUUUUAAACUGUAUUGAAAAAUAUGUAAAAAAUAAAAUACAUUUUAAAUUUCAUUCAUU